AUGGCGAAGCGAACCAACCACCUCUGUACCAAUCCCAAUUCCGAUCCGAACCAACCACCCCAAGAUGACGAUUCCCUCAUAACCCAAGUCCUCCGACCCAAUGAGAAAGACUGGAACUUUGACCAACUCCACACCCUCCUCUUCCCCAACUCAACCUCUCCUUCUUUUCGCUCCCUUUUCCUCAUCACUCGCCGCCUCGACGCUCCCUCCAAAGCCCUCAAAUUCUUCGAUUACGUCACCGAAAACGUGGCCGAAACCCCUCCAGGAUCCAAGGCUCUGCUCUCCUCCGCAUUCCAGGCCCUUCUGGAGCUCACAUUGCGGGAGCCCACCUCGGAAAAGAAGCUCUUUGAGCUUUACAAGAUAGCCAAGGACCGGAAUGUCCCGCUGAAUCUCAAGGCCGCAGGUCUGCUUGUUCGGUCCAUGGGCGCGGCUGGGAUGGAGGACGAGGCUCUCACAGUGUUUAACGAGCUUCAUUUGGGGUUGAAAACUUCUCAUAUUCGCAAUGUGGUGAUUGAGUUGUUGCUGAAGAUUGGGCGAGUAGAUGGUGCACUGAAGGUGCUCGACGAAAUGCUUCACCCAGAAGCGAAGUUUCCGGUUGAUGACUUUACCGGUGAUGUUGUGAUCGGCUCAUUAUUGAGGAGAGAGCAGAUAGGGAGGAGUGUCAGUGAGGAAGAAAUUGUGGAGUUGGUGUCGAAAUUUGGUAAGCAUGGUGUGUUUCCUAAUAACACAAUACUUACAAAAUUGGUCACUGUUUUGUGUAGGAAUAGGAAGGUUGGUAUUGCUUAG